AUGCUCCACACUUUUACUUUUAUCUCCUUUCCCCUCUUCCUCCACAAGAAGAACUCGCCGGAAAAGAAACGGCCAAGUCGCCUGAGACUACGCCAUUUGCAUCUUUUCGCCUACAGCGCUACCUUGUUGAAUCCUACCCCACAAACAAAACUAAGCAGUAUUGGCGAUGGCGGAGCCCCGCCCUCCCAGAAAUACAAUCACCAGAAAUCUUCCACAGGAGAUUCUAUUUUUCCAGAUACUACCAAGGCUUCCGGUGCUUUUGCCACCACCUACCACCACCACGUAACCACCAACGACGACCAUGAAAACCACCACAAACAAUUCAUCUUAACUAACACUGAUCGACCAAGGUUCCAUAGCAUCGACUGUGAAACACCUGAAGAUGGUUUAACAGCAGGCCGUCGUUUACCAUUAGCUUUCUCAUUUAAUGACAAAAUGGUGAUUUUGACAUCUUUGCAUGGACUGUUAUGCGUAGGCACAGGAAAGUUCCAAUAUUCUGACGAAUGUACUGGUUUAAUUUUAUGGAAUCCUUUGACAGGUGACUGUAAAGGCUUGUCUAAUAAGGGUUGUCAUGAUAAAGAAUGUUACACGACCUAUGAUCAUGGUAUAUUUGGGUUGUAUUAUAUAUCUUCUCUUGACGACUACAGGCUUCUACGUGUAACCUAUUAUCCCAGUAUUUAUAUUUAUAUAUACUCACUAAAAUCCGACUCAUGGAGAAAGGUCGAGUCUACAGAGAACUUCCAACAAAGGGAUUCCAACUGGGCUUCACUUGCAAGUAAGCAGGAGCAUCCAAGUCAAAUUCUAUUGAAUGAAAAACUCUAUUUCUUAAAACAAGUUGAUAUAGAACGAGAAACCUUUAUUAAGUCAUAUUCAGUUAUGAGGUUCGACACAAAGACGGAAGAGUUCACAGAGAUAGCAAUGCCCUGUUUUGGAAACCAAAGGACAAGAUGUUUGGGUUUCAUGGUUCUUAAAGGAUGCAUCCACUUCUGUAUUGCCAUUCUCAUUGGGAAAGAAAAUAAUAUGACAAACUCUGAAAUGAUCGAGUUAUGGAGGAUGGAUGGAGAUAAAGAUUGGACGAAGGUGUUAACUUAUGGCCCAAUGUCGUUUUUUCUUUUGGGUGGGUCGCUACUACACUUUAUGAGAAAUGGAAAUUUGCUCGUUCAAAAUGAAGGUAAUGUUUACGUAUUUGAUAUGAAGAAAGAUACCAAAGAAAUGGUGUUUACAUACCCAAUCAAUCCUCCAAAUGAACAAGUAUACCAAAGAAGAAUGGAUUCCAAUAUCUCUCCAAUAGGGAAAUACAUCGAGACUAUCGUGUCACCCAAACAGCACUCCUUACAUGUGCGGAAAUGGUUUUUGACAACAAGUGGGUUAGAGUGGUGUACUGUUCGGUCGUGGCAGGAAUAUGAUGCAUAUGAGAGAUCUAUGAUUGAGAAGUAUGGGGAGGACAUAACUGAACAUACAGGAAAUGAUGUUGACUUGUGGGCCCUAAGCCAGGGAGGGAGAAAGGAUCAUAUUUAUGGGAUUGGAUCCUCUAAUCAUAAUUUCGCAGCGACAGAAACACCAUCUUACGGGCAUUCCAUGCUCUCGAUUGAGUAUGUUCAGUCGCAGUUGCAGAUACGGGAGUUGCAAAUCCAGAUGGAAAAGGAACGAAAAGCACGGGAAGAUUUGCAAGACCAAAUCACAAAGGAAAGAGAAAUUGAACGAAAAUCAAGAAAAACGAUGCAGGCACAAAUAUCAGAACUUAUGAGAAGAUUUGGAUUCCAUUGA